UUCACCCGCCCGCAGUCUGUGCUCAAACGUAACAGUGUCCACUUCUCCUGUGCAAGGACUUAUAGUUCAAACAUGAAUUCACGGUGUUUAGUAGUGUUCGCAGCCGCCCUCGUCGUGGCGGCCGCCCAAGAAAGCUUCAAAUGUCCAGAUGAUUUCGGCUUCUACCCCCAUCACAUUUCUUGUGACAAAUACUGGAAAUGCGACAAUGGUGUCGCGGAAUUGAAGACUUGCGGAAACGGUUUAGCAUUUGAUGCCACAGACUCAAAAUACUUGACAGAAAACUGCGAUUAUCUGCACAACGUCGAAUGUGGCGAAAGAACGCAACUUGAGCCUCCAAUUUCAACUCCUCACUGCGAAAGGUUAUACGGUAUCUUCGCUGACGCUACAAAGUGUGACGUAUUCUGGAACUGCUGGAAUGGUGAAGCCUCCCGCUACCAGUGCAGUCCUGGACUUGCCUACGACAGGGAAUCUCGUGUGUGCAUGUGGGCUGACCAGGUCCCAGAGUGCAAAAACGAGGAAGUAGCGAACGGUUUCUCUUGCCCUGCGCCUGGUGAAGUCUCCAAUGCCGGCUCCUUCAGUCGCCACGCCCACCCUGAGGACUGCAGAAAGUACUACAUCUGCCUUGAAGGCGUUGCCCGCGAGUACGGUUGCCCCAUCGGAACCGUCUUCAAGAUCGGCGACUCUGACGGUACUGGUAACUGCGAAGACCCCGAGGAGGUCCCUGGAUGCGAGGACUACUACGGUGAUUUGGAUCUGAAGGCGAUCCGCAAGAGCGAGCUCCUGGCUGGACUCCAGCAAGAUGGCCAGACCCGCGUUACCCAGCCCAAGCAGCUCAAACCUCGCCCCCAAAAGGAGAACUAAAACUCUUUUCCCCACCUUAAUCAUAUAAUACUCACAUCUUGAAUUAUAAACCAAACAUGCUCGCGCGCCACCAGCAAAACCACUGAAAUUAUACGGGCUAUACAAAUAAAUAAAUUGGAUGGAAUUUGCUUGUGGCUCGCGAAUAUUUUGUUCCAGGUUCAAAUUUAAAAUUCGAAUUUAGUGAGGGUAUUUGUAUUCGUUUCUAGUUGCCAAAUACUUUUACGAUGUAGCUUAUAUUAAUGCAGUUUCACGAAGCCGGUUAGGAAAUUAGAUAAAAUCAUACAGCGAUAGAAAUAUUUAUUUUUAUAUUGUAUAUUAGUUUUGAUAGUGUAUAUCGUAGAGAUAUCAAAACCGGUAGUAAGUUUGCCCGUCAUGAGUACACAAUUUUAUGUAUGUAAAGAUUAAGAUCAGGUUUGCAUUUAGAAGUAGUUCUGUAUAAAACAGAGAGCAAUCACAUUUCCAUCAUCCCUUCGUUAAUUCAACACCAUGACCUUGUAAAUAUUUUUUGUACUGAAUUGUCUCGCUGCGACUGAGUGUUGUUGUUUGAUAGAAACUGUAAUACUUAAGUUUAUUCUUAGUGAUAAUAUUAAUAAAAAAAUAUAAAAUAUUAUAUUGUUGUAUUUAUUCUGUAUGUAGUAUUGCACUAUUGCACAAUCUGUCUAACAAUUACUUUCACACCCACUCUGUUUCCAUUUUGAUUGCAUUCACUUUCUAUUAACAUUUAAUAUCGUCUUGGUUCCUUUAGAUAAUGUCUUUGUCUGGAGACUACUAUAUUACCUGAUAAUAUCUGUACCUAACAAUAUAUAUGUCUAUUGUGACAUCUUUUGGGUAUCUACAGGUAUGUUCUUUUAAUUUUCCUUAACUAAAACCUUGUACACAUAACAAUAUCAAGUAACUGGUUAGUAAAUGUGGUUUUUAAACAUAAAAAAAGAUUUUUUCUAUUCUAUUUUUAAAUUGUAAAGUAUUUUUUGUCUUUUACUAGCUUACUCGGUAUUUGAACUAUUAUCAUGAUUUGCAGCGAGGAUUACUAUGGCGACGUCGACCUGAAAGCCUUGAAGAAGUUGGGAUUCUGAAUGACAAGGAGCGGCUCCAAGGGCAGACUGAAAUUCAAUCUUUAUGACUUGAUAUGAAUAUGCCUCUUCAGAUACAAUUUUAGUUAUACAUAAAAACAUACAUUACCAACAUACAAUAACGUGGGUCAUCAUACAGAGUAAUUAUUUUGGUAAAUAAUUAUUACAGGAUUUUAAACCACAUGAUUUGGGUAGUAACAGUUUUGUACACAAAAGUGUCUACUGUGCAAGGUCUAUUGUAUAUGGUUUUGUUAAAAUUAUCGUGAACUUAAUACUAAUUACUUAUAUACUAGAAUGGAUUUGAAAUUGAGGUUCAUUCUGUCUGAAGAGGCGCUCGGCACCAUAUUUAUUGCCUAGACUUUUAGCGUUGAAAGUCUGCGACAGUUUUUUUAACUUAUUUCAGUCAAAAAGCAUAUUCUUUAAAUUUUAUGGCCAAUAACAAUAAUUUGAUUAUAAAUAAAAAAAUAUAGGCACAUUUAUAUACAGAAUUCAACAGCAAUGGAACUGUUAUAGGUAUUUUCUUUCGACUAUUUUGAAAGAAGGCUGCUGCAGAAAAAGAGAAGAUAAACUGAUAUUGUUGAAAUCAUAAUGUGCUAUAUUAUCAUCUAUAGUAGGUAGUUAUUUGCAUAUUUAUUUUCUACUGAGUUAGGAAUUUUUCUUUCGAAAUUAUUAUAUGUCGAGCUACUGUUGCCAAAAAGAGCUUUCAGAGAUUACCUUGACAUGGUGCCAACAUUUAUAUGUCGGUGCUAUGUCGAAAUUAAUGUUGAUUUAGUCAUAAAUGUAAAAUUUAAGUUAAGAUAGUACAUUAAUACGGUUUUAUGUAAAUAAAAUUACUUUUGUAUUCUU